UUGCAGUUGAGGAUGAGGUGGCCACGGGCGUGGACCAGUGCGCGAUUGUGUGCCGGCGUGGCGCUCACCAUGUCGCUGAGCAUCACGGCCGGCCGCCGCGACUACAAGGACUUCGACGUCAAGCAGGCCUCGGAUAUCUCGCUCUGGAUCGACGAGCGACAGGUCCGCAUGUUUAGUGGCAUAUCUAUGCAAGUAUUCGCGAUACUCAAUGGCCACAUAUCACCGUACAUAUUGGAUCCCAAUUUUUCACACAAGCUGCCCACGAUCCCGUCGGAAGUCGGCUACGUGAACUUCACGUGGCGCUCCAAGAAGCGUUAUCACUAUAACUUCGACACGCUGACUUCCUCCGAUCCGAAGUUGUUGAAGCCGCCUGUCCUCUCUAUAAAAACUCAAGGGCGGGUGCCUAAAGCUCCGAAAGAGUUCAGUAUAUUUUUGAUAUGCCUGGGCAACAACAGUGGCGUGGCGACAUUUGAAAUAGGGCUUGUGCUUAAAAAUGGCCGAGGCAUACCACUAAAAGGCACCCCUCUAAGGUUAAAUCUAAAGAAGGAAUGCGCACAGAGAGGUGUGUAUUUAGAAAGGACAGGGCCGGACCCGGAGUGCGACAAGAAGUGCGCCAACCAGGGCUGGUGCAACCACGAGAAGAUAUGCCAGUGCCCCGAGGGCUACAUGGGGCAGCACUGCCGCACGGCGCUGUGCUAUCCGCAGUGCAUGAACGGCGGCAACUGCACUGCGCCCGGCCUCUGCUCCUGCCCGCCCGGCUACCAGGGACGACAUUGCGAAGGAGGUACACAUAUUUCUCCAUCUCUCUCCACUUCUCCCUACGAACUAUUUUCUACAUGUAUUUUCAUACACUAA